UCAGGCCCACGAUGACGCCAGACGCCGCGGAGCCGCGGGUUGAGGCGGAGGGGUGGUCGCUCCGCGCAGGUCGGGCGCGGGGGCGGCGACGCCGCUUACACUCAUGAGGAACCGGAAGCUCACAGGUGGAGUUCGGUCUUCAGCGCGCCUGCGAGCCCGAAACUGCUCCGCAGACAUCGUGGCCCCUGUCCAGGACGUCGCCAGCUCCACACCCCCCAAGACAGCAUGCCUGACUUCCUUGUCACACAAGGCGCCAGACAGGCGAACUCCAAAGAAGUUCAAAUAUGACAGAGACCAGCUUGUGAAGGCAGAAUUACAGAAACUAGCCUCCAGAGGCCACAGGGCUGCUUUCCCAAAAGUGGCAGCCAGGGCCCCUUGUCAGAGCACACCUGCAGAGGAUGACAAGUUGCUCCCGGUCAGUGACACUGCUGUCCCUACACACCAGGAGGCUGCAGCUCAUUCCCACGCCGGCUGCCAGAGUGCAAGCGACUCUGUCCCUGCUAAGACUGAAGGUGGGCCGUCCACACCAGAGCCCUGCACCAGUGCAGCGGCAGAGGAGUCUGACAGAGGUUCUGGGGGGCCAGACGAGUUGGCGUCAGCCACAGGGGAGACUCGGGCAGCAGUGCUUCAGACAGACAACAGCGUCUUUCUAGACGACGACAGCAAUCAGCCCCUGCCCGUGAGCCGGUUCUUCGGGAACGUGGAGCUCAUGCAGGACCUGCCACCAGCCUCUUCGUCUUGUCCUUCAAUGAGCAGGCGAGAAUUCAGGAAAAUGCAUUUCAGAGCCAAAGAUGAUGAGGACGACGAAGGCGCAGAAAUGUAGAAAAUGCAAGAUGGGGGGUAUUUUGGCAUUUACCACAGUUAAAAAUUUGAUGAUCUAACAAAUCAUAAGAUUUAUAUAAAAUGCAUCUCUGAGACAGCGUGUCCUUGAUGGAACAUUAAAGUGACCCGUGGACAUGAUCAGCACAGGGCGCUGGGCGCCUGGGGGAGGCUUCCUUGCAGGACUGCAAGCUGCCACCGCACUGGCUGGAGUGAGGCCGCAGGCCUCGCGUGAGGUGACAGCGACUGUUGGAAGGGAAGGUCUGCACUGCAGCGCCUUACGUAGGUAACAUGCAGGCUUGCUGCCCAUCUCUGGAAGCUGAGGAGUCUUAUGGUGAACUCAAUGCCAGUCCCUGAAGGACUCGCCUGUAUUUCUGAAUGUGAAACUGCCUACCUUGAAAUUUUUGCCAAAUACAUGGGGGAAAGGAAUAAAAUAUAUAUUUUGAAAAUA